AUGGCUGCAUUGGCUCAAAAUUGGCAAAGUUUAUUGAAUAUAAGACCGACUGAUAUUCAUGUGGAGAAUCAAGUAGAGGAUGAGAAAAAUGAACAACUUGGUGAAUUAUAUAUAAAACUUAAUGCAGAUGAACUUAAUAAUAUUGAUGAUUUACGACAUGCAUUACGACUUGGUCAACGAUUUACUGACUUAUUUCGAGAGCAAAAAGUGGAGUAUUGGGAAACUUUAGUCAAACUUGGACAAGAGAAUGAAAAAUUAAAAAAGACAUCGUUUGCAAACGCUAAAGAGGCGGAUACAUUUUUAAAAGAUCGAAUAAGUGAUCUUGAACGUCGCUUGCUUCUUACUGAAAACCAAGCAGAAGAAUAUAAAAAACAAUAUGAAAAUGAAUUCGGCGAACUAGGACAAAUUCGUGAUGAACUUAAAAAAAGUGAAGCGAAAGUUCGAGAUUUACAAAAUGAGAGAGAUAAUCUCAGGAAAACAUCGGAAGAUUUACAAAAACUUGUAUCAGCAUUGAACGCUUCAAGUCAAGUAAAACCUGAUGAUGUUGAACGAACACAACGUAUACGAGCUGUGGAAAAAGAACUUAGUGAGCUUUUGGAUGAAAAUAAUAAUUUCUUUGAAGAUAAUCAAAAGUUAAGAAAAGACCUAACUGAUCUUCAACGAAAAGAAAAAGAAGAGGCUGAUCAUAUUAACAAAUUAUCAACUGAUAAUAAACAUAAAACAGAACUUCUCAAUGAGAAAGAACAAGAAAAUCAAGAGUUAAGACAACGUAUUAAUUUAUUAGAAAGUCAAAAUGUCAUGGUUUCUGGUGAUGACGAUGAUGUCAUUAUGAAAGCUGUCGAAGACCGUGUUAAACAAUGGAAAGAUGUUUUUAAAGCAAAAGAUGAUGAAAUCGAUGAUCUGAAACGAAAACUAAUUAGUCUACAUGAUAAAUUACAAAUUUAUUCAAUGGACGAUCAAAAAGCUGAUGUUACUGCUUUAAAUAAAGCAGUUGCUGAAAAAGAUCAACAAAUAUUAAUGUUAAAAAGAAAAGUCGAAGAAGCAACCAAUGAUUUAAUCAAACAAACUGAUGCUCUUGAUCGAAUGCGAAGUGAUUAUACAGCAUCAAAUGAUCCAACAGCGAUAGCAAAUCGGUCACAAGCACUUGAAACAAGUCGUUUAAAAAAACAAGUAAAUGAUUAUGAAAAAGAAUUAGCCGAACGUGAUACUCGUUUACAUGAUCUUGAUAAACAAUUAAAAGCAUUCUUGGAUAAUAAUUACGAGUUACGAGAUGCUGUACACGAAAUACGUCAAUUAAAAGAACAAUUAAAAUUAAAAGAUCGACAAAUAGAAGAUUUAGCACAAUAUGCAUCACGAAAUGAACUUACUGUUCAUGAAGUAACAGAUGAAAAUGAAGAAUUACGAGCAAAAUUAGGUAUGGAUCCUCGAACACCAAUGACAGUUGAACAACUUAAAACAGCAAGAAUGACUCGUACUGAAGCAAAUCAAGCUGUUGUACAAGUUUUACAAAAAGAAAUUGAACGUCUUGAAGAAGAACGAUUAAAAUUAAAACAAAAUUGUCGUCAAUUAGCUCGUCAAGCAGGUGUACGAGCAGCUGAAUUAGGUCUUGCUGGUGAUUCUGUAUGGAUUGAUGAUAAUGGUAUACCACGACCAAGUGGUACAACGGCUGAUGAUGCUAUCCGUAUAGCACGUAAUGAUUAUGAUCAACAAUUAAAAGCUUCUGAUGCAAAUAUUGAUCAACUUCGUCGUGAACUUAUCGAAAAAACCAAUGAAAAUCGUGCAUUAAUUACUGAAAUUCAUGGUCUUGAACAAGGUUUAAAAGAAAUUGAUGAACAAUUAAAACAAAAACGUUUUCAACGAGCAGCAAGUGGUGAUCAAUCAUCAUCUUAUGUUAUUCAAUGUCCAUCAUUAGAUAAAAUGCUUCAAGUUCUCGAAAGUCAAUCACUUACUGGUCGAUACGAUGGUGUAAUGAUGCUUAAAAGUGAAAAUGAUAAAUUACUUGGUCGUAUUGCUGAAUUACGUGAUGAACUGUAUAAUGCUAGACAUGAAAAAACCAAAUCUGAUGUUAAUCUUAAAUUAGCUCUUGAACAAAAUGAAAAACUUCAACGUGACCUAAAAUUAUUUGAAGAAGCUGGUGCUGUUCCACUUGCAUUUCAAUCAAUGAAAUUACCUGAUGGCUUAACACCAUCAAGUCGAGAUAUUAUUUCAUUACUUAAUGAAUAUCUUGUUGAUGCUUUAGCUGAAGUAACAGCACAACGUGAAAUGAAUAAACAACUUGAAGAAGGACUUGAUAAAUAUCGACGAAAAUUAAAUGUUAUUAAACAUCAAACAGGUUUACUUUAUAAAGAUUUUCAUGAAAAACAACAACUAUGGUCAAGUGAACGUGAACAAACCAAUGAAGCAAAACGUGAUUUACAAACUGAAAUUGAAAAAAAUCUUGUUAAACUUCAAGAGUUUGAUCGUCUGCUUAAUACACUAGAACAAGAUGAUGCUGAAGUUCGUCGUCGUAUUGCAGAAGUAACAAGAAAAAUAACGGUUUUACGUGUUAAUGAAAAAGAAUUAGCUAGAAAAAUUCUUUCAUAUCAAGAUAUUGAAUCAAAAUUAAGAAAGGAUAAUACAAAAUUACGUACGGAAGUUAUUGAUAUGGAAGUUGCUGUUCAAACGCGUUUAAACUAUUUACAACGCUUUAAAGAUACAGCAGCUUAUCGUAUAAAACAUUUACAAAAACAAGUUGAAGAAAGUGUACAUCAAACAGAAUUAGAUAAACUUAAUAAAAAAUAUGAAGAUGUUGUUGAAAAAUAUCGAGAUCUACUUGAACAACAACAUACAUAUAUUCAACAAACAGAACAAACAUCUAUAGUAUCAGACGCAAAUCGUCGAUUAACAGAUGAAGUUGAAUUUCUUAAACGACAAUUGCAAAUUGAUAAAGAAAAAAUGCAUUUAUUAGAAGAAACAAUGGAAAAUCUUAAAAAUCAAGGUUUAAUUAAUUCUGGCUAUGCUACGACAAUGCUUCGAACCAGUACUACUGGUUCACUUGAUGAUGAUAAUCCAGGAAGUCUUUCACGUAAAAUAACUGUUCUUGAAAUGAAAGAACUUAAUGAACGGCAACGUGCUGAAUAUGCACAAAAACUUUAUGAUCAACAACGUGUAACACUUCGACAAAUGGAAGAUCGAAAUCUUGAAUUAGAACACAAAUUUAGUGAAUUAACUCGAAUGAAUCUUGAAAUGCAACGAGCUGAGCGUGAAUUACGUGAUGAACUUGCGUAUAGUGUGCCACGAACAGUAUCUGAUGCUGACAAACGACGUAUAUCUGAACUUGAAGGCAUUGAAAUUCAAUCUAAACAAGAAAUAGCACGUUUACGUGAAAUAUCUGAAGUAGCAACUUAUCAAGUCGGAGCUAUUAAUGAUAUGAAAGUAUUAGAUGAAAAAGAAUUUCAAUCAUUACGCCUUCAAUUACUUGAUUUACAAUCAAAAUCAGAUGAUAAAAGCGAAAUUGGUAAACUUCAUCGUCAUAUUCUUGCUUUACAAAUAAGUGAAGCAACAUCUAAACGAAAACAAUUACAAUCAGAUAAUGAUUUAGCUAAACAAAAAGCAUUACUUCUUCGAGCUGAACAAAAAUUAGAUGAAAAAGAACAAAGUCUAUUUUUUAUUCGUCAAGAAUAUACACAACGUAUUCGAUAUUUAAGAACAGCUUUACAAGAUUAUCGUCAUAAAUAUGCAGGUGCAUUACCAUUACGUGUACAAGAAUCAUAUGCUAAAACAAUGAUUGAUUUACGUAAUGGUAAAAAACAAUUAGAUCUUGAUAUGAAAAAAUUAGCCGAUCAAAAAUUUGAUCUUGAAACACAAAUAGCAUCAUAUGAAUUUAAACAUAAAUCACUUGAAGAACUUUUAGCUACACUUAAAGAUGGGCAAGGUAAUGCACGUGUACAAAAAAUGAUUGAAUGGCAACAAAAAUUAGAAAAAGUUAAAUUAAAUGAAUUAAGACAUAUUCGACUUAAUAAACGUUUGGAAACGGAUAAAGCACAUUUGAAUAAAGUAGUACAACAACUUGAAAUAAAUGUAACUGAACUAGAAGAAGAAAAUGUGAAAUUUGAAAAGGAAAUCGAAGAAAGACAAUUAAUUUGGGAACAUCGAGAAUUAGAAAUGGAAAGAAAAAUCGAUCAACUUGAAAAACAACAAAAUGAUAUUGCUGAUGCUGCAAAACGAUUCGAAGAAGCUAUCGGCAAUUAUCCUGAUCCAUCAUUACCUGUAGCUCAUCAAUUAGAACAAGCUUUACGAAUCAUUCGUGAAAAUAUACAUCUAUUAAUGGAAGCUAAAGUACAACAUCAACUUGUUGAAAAGAGAACUGCUGAACAUAUUGAAAAAGUUCGUGAAAUGGAAAAUGCUAUAUUAGCUCGUGAUAAAAUUAUUCAUGAACUACGACUUCGUUUACCAACAACAACUAUUCUUGAUUCAGAUAAACUUAUAUCAGAUGUUAUGACACGACCUGAUGAUUUUUCACGUUUAGCUGCUGUUCGAGCAGCACAAUCAACAAUUGAUAGUCUUCAAGCUCGUAUUAUACAAAAAGAAGAAAGUAUUCGUAAAUAUCAAGAAAUGCUUAAAGAAGCUCGAGAUGAUUUAAAUAAACAAACACGACAACAUGAAGAAGAACUUCAAUUACUUAAUGAACAGUUACAAAAUAAACGUGAUUUAGAUUUUAUUCGUUUUAAAGAAUUUGUUGAACGAGGAGGAAAUCCAGCUCAUUUUCAUGGUACACCUACAUCAUUUGAAUUAGCACGUGUACGUGAACUUGAAGAAAAUGUUGCUGUACAAGAAAAUACAAUUGCACAUUUAAAUGAAAAAUUACGUGAAGCACGUCGUGAAGCUGAAACAUGGAAAGCACGUUUAACACAAAAAAUGGAACAAUUUAAACACGAUCGAGAAAAUGUUAAAACCAGUUACGAAAAAAUUGUGGAUGAACUUAAUCGUGAAAUAGAACAUCAUCGUUCACAAUUACAAGAUCAACAAGCUAGAAUUGGACAAAUGAAUGAAUAUGAGAAUGCACAAAAAUCUUCACCUAGCAAAGGAACAAAAGAUUUUACAAAAACUGGAGCAAAUCAACCACCAUUAAAAGAAGAAAAACGUCAAGAAUUCAUACGUGCUUUAGCUGAUAUUCGUAGUGAUAUGGUUAAAAUAGCUGAAGGAAAUCUAAAAGCUAUGAAUGAAGAAGAUAAACAAAGUCUUUCUAUACAAGCAUUAAUUACAAAUAAAACAGCACAAUUACAAGAAAAAAUUGAUGAUUAUGAAGGACAAAUACAAAAUUUAAAACGAGAAUUAAAAACACAAAAAGCUUUAGCACAACAAUCUACGGACGAAGCAGCUGAUGCUAGACAAAAAUUAGGUCAAAAUGAAAAGAAAUUAACUAAACUUCAACAACAAAAUGCAGCACUAACAGAUAAUGCACAACGAAGAAUGGCUGGUCAACAAUUUCAACAAGGCCAGGGUGAAGAUACCAUCGAAUCAUUACGACGUCAAAAUCGUCUACUCGAAGAUAAACUUCGUAAAACAAAAACAGCUGAACGCCCUAUGGAUGAAAACCGGGAUGAACGAACAAGACGAACAGUUGAAUCAUUGCAACAACAAGUAACUGAUUUAGAUACACAUAAAAAAGAAUUACUUAAAUUUAAUCAACAAUUAAAAGAGGAAUUAAGCAAAGUUCGAUUACGUAAUGAAGAGUUACAAAAAAUCAAUGUAUUUUUAAAAGCUGAAAAUGAAAGUUUAAGAAAUGGUGAUAGUCCACGAUCAACAUCGAGUGGCGGUAUUCGACGAAUUGGUGAAUCUGGUCGAUCAACUGUUGAACUUGAAAAAAUAAUUGCAUUAAUGAAGAAGAAAAUUGAUCAUCUUCAAGCAGAAAAUCAAACACUUAAAUCAGAUCUUGAUCGACAACGAGCAACCAAUGAUUCAAAUCGAGCAUUUUUCACUCAAGCAACAGAAUCAACUAAAGAAAUUGAGCAUAUGGGUCAGACUAAUUCACGACUUCAAAAGGAAGUUGCACUUCUACGUGAACAAGUAGCUCAAUUACAAAUGAAAGCAUUACCACGAUCACCAUCAUCAUCUAAUAAUGGUUUUCAUUGA